AUGGAAGCACAUAGAGCCGGAGCCGAGAUCGUAUAUGGGUCCGAAGAGUGCUACAAUCACUCAAUCGAGCUCCUCAAGGAGCUUGGUUUCCCUAGAGGCGUUCUUCCACUUAAAGACCUCCAAGAAUGUGGUCGGGUUCGAGAGACCGGGUUUGUUUGGAUGAAGCUAAAGGCUCCAUACGAACACUUCUUUGAGCAGACUAAUACCCGUGUCAGUUAUGAUACAGAGGUGACUGCUUACGUUGAAAAAUCUAAGAUGAAGAAAAUUACUGGGAUCAAAAGUAAACAAAUGUUAAUGUGGGUGCCUAUUGUUGAGAUGAGCAUGGAAGAUGCUAAUAGUCAGAAAAUAUAUUUCAAGAUUCCGGUUGGGAUUGGAAAAUCCUUUCCCAUUACAGCGUUUAUGACCGAAGAGGAGAAAAAAAAGUACAUCGAGGAAGGGAUAUGA